AUGGGGAGAGAAGGGUUUUUGCUCCUCAUCUCUCUGCUAUCUCUUGCACUAAGCUUCCGUUCAAGUUGCGUGCAGGCGGCGAUAACGCUACCACCGGAGGAUCGACCUCUUACCCGCCACUACUACAAGAAACUUAUUACGUGUAAAAAUGUGGAGGCAUUUGUCCAGCAUCAAGUGAUGCUGUUUUGGAACAAGGAAAAGAGCCUCACAGCCAAGCUUCUUAAGUUGCUCUAUUCAGACUGUAUGGUCAAUGGAUGCGAUGCAUCAAUACUGCUGGACGGUCCACAAUCAGAGAAAACUGCUCCCCAAAAUGCAGGGCUCGGAGCUAAGCUACCAAAUUUAGGACUAACAGUGUUUGAUGUCAUCGACAAAAUCAAGAUCGUCAUCGAAGAUCGAUGUCCGGGAGCAGUCUCCUGCACUGACAUUCUCAACCUUGCAACCAGAGACGCCGUUCAUUACGCAGGUGCACCAUCUUAUCCUGUAUUCUUAGGCAGAAGGGACGGGCUGGAAUCAAAAGCAGAAUGGGUAUACUACCCGUCGCCGUCAAUCUCCUGGGAGUCAGCACUGGCCUUCUUCAGAUCCAAAGGCUUAGAUGUGCAGGACAUGGCUACCCUCCUAGGGGCACAUACAAUGGGCAAAGCACAUUGCAGCUACAUCCUCGACCGUCUGUACAAUUUCAAUAAUACAGGAAAACCAGAUCCCAGCAUGAAGAAAUCCUUACUAACGAACUUGAGAAAGCAGUGCCCACCCAAAUCGAAGACAGGCCAACGCAACCCACUUGUAUUUCUAAACCCAGAUAACGGCCCCAAUUACAAGUUCACCAACAGCUACUACUCAAGGGUCCUAUCCCAUAAAUCUGUCCUAGCAGUUGAUCAGCAGCUACUGUAUGGUAGUAGUAAUGGCACAAAGCAAUUAACCAAUCAAUAUGCUGGCAGUUUCGAAGAUUUCGGCGAAGAAUUUGCUUUGUCAAUAAGUCGGAUGGGAGGGCUUAAAGUUUUGACAGGAAACAAGGGGAGAUACGCAGGAAUUGCCGUUCCACCAACAUCAAGUAGAUGGGAUUCAAAGUGUCAUCAGUGA